GAGAGCUCAUCGCAGACAGCGUCAACACACAGCUGAGCGGCGAGGGCGCUCCCGCCACCUACAGCGUCAAUAGGGGCAAAUAGCUGACGUAAUCAACUUUCACGCUCGAAUCGCCUCUUCGAGCCCUGCUGUGACCAGAAACUUCUGCAGCCACCGGUCUUGUACGCUGCUUCCCGUGUACCGUCCACUUGUCUUUCAAUCUCUUGACAACGGACGGUAACCAUAUAAGAGUAUAAUGUCUCGCCCUCAGGAUGACAGGAACCAGGAAGCGACUGUGUACUUGGGUAAUCUCGACGAGCGGUGUACGGAUGCGCUCAUAUGGGAGCUCAUGCUGCAGGCUGGUCCGGUAGUCAACGUCCAUCUGCCAAAGGAUCGCAUUUCAAUGCAGCACCAAGGCUACGGCUUCUGCGAGUUCCUGACAGAGGAGGACGCCGAGUACGCUUGCAAAAUCAUGAACCAGAUCAAGCUGUGGGGCAAACCCAUUCGGGUGAACAAGGCUUCGUCGGAUAAAAAGCAGCUAGAUGUUGGCGCGAACUUGUUUAUUGGAAACUUGGAUGAGAAUGUGGACGAACGGUUGCUGUACGACACGUUCAGCGCGUUCGGUGUUAUGGCUACGACAGCCAAAAUCGCCCGCGACCCGCAAACCGGCAAAUCAAAAGGCUACGGCUUUGUCUCCUACACCGACUUCGAGUCCUCCGACGCCGCCAUCGAGUCCAUGAACGGCCAGUUCCUCAUGAACAAAGCCAUCACCGUGCAGUAUGCCUUCAAGAAGGACGGCAAGGGCGAGCGCCACGGCACGCCCGCCGAGCGCCUGCUCGCCGCGCAGGCGCGCAAGAAUAACGCGCUGCCCGUGUCCGCGCGCCCGCCCCCGGCGCCCCUGGCGUUCGGCCAGCGCCCGCCCAUGCCGUACCAGCCUGGACAGUUCGCGGGCGCGCUCGCGCAGCCGCCGCCCCCGCCCGGGUUCACGCCCCAGCAGACGAUUGCGCCGCCGAUGCAGAUGGGCAUGGGCGUGCCGAUGGGGAUGCCCCCGCCCCCGCCGAAUAUGCCGGUGUACAACCCCGUGGCGGGGUAUCCGCCGCCUCCUCCGCCCGGUUUUGGGCCGCCUCAGGGUAUGCCGGUGGGUCCUCCGCAGGGUAUGGGGAUGAUGCCUCCACCGCCUCCAGGUGUCCCGCAGCCACCACAGUUCAGUCCGCCUAUGUGA